AUUGGCGUCCCCUCGCUCAGACUCUCGCCUCCACCGUGUUGCCAGAUCGUGUCGAGCAGUUGCCGCGUUCGCAAACCGUCUCUCGUUUUGAAAAGCCGAUGUUUCAGUUGUUUUCAUCUUCUGUCGUGACCAUGUUGAUUAUAGGUUGAGUUUGUGAAGUGUGUUUUUUUUAUAGUGCAGGCCUCAUGGUUUUUGUUCUCGGAGGGUAGUGCGCGGGCAACUUUUGAGUAGGUAAAGCCCCUCCUUGUUUUUUUCUUCGAUUAUGUCCGACCAUCGCGCCUGGGGCGCUAACCGCGAGGAAGGAAUGUGGUGGCCGGGUAACGUUGUGGCCGAUCAACAGACUAUGCAACAACACCAACAAUUCUUCCAGCAACAACAGCAGCAAAUGGAAAACGACGCUAAUGCGGCCCAACAACAACAGACUUUCAAUUACAAAAUGGCCAACAGUUUUCAAAAUCCCGCUACUACCCAGUCGAACGUGACGUCUACUUCGCCGAUUGGUGCGGCGGGUAUUCGCGGCUACGAUUAUAAUAUGACAGGUGGGAAUCCUACGUUGUCAGCACCUGCACAAGGAGCCCAAUGGUGGUAUCCUCCUUCAACGAUGGAGAAUAUGCAUAAUACUUUGCAAAGUUUACAAAACAGUAUGCACGGCAUGCAGCAACAUCAAAUGCCACCUGUACAGAAUCCCUCUUCCCCGCAUAGCGAAGCUCAAAGUCGACAAGAAGAAGUCCAAAGGCAUCACCAGCAAGAAGCCACUAGGCAGCACCAGGAAGCGUUGCAUCAAGCGUUAAGUGAAGCGCACGCGCGUUUACAACUCAACCUCCAGAAUAACCAGUUGCACAAUAACCAUCAUCAGCAGCAUCAACAAAUUCACUCACAAGCACCUCUACCUCAGAAAGGAAGAAUGCCACGCGCUAAAGCCGAUGCAAGACCCAGGGGGCGAAUGACUGCUUAUGCUUUCUUCGUGCAGACCUGCAGGGAAGAGCACAAAAAGAAACAUCCCGAAGAAAAUGUUGUCUUCGCUGAAUUUUCGAAAAAAUGCGCCGAAAGGUGGAAGACCAUGUUAGACAAAGAAAAGAAACGUUUCCACGAAAUGGCCGAAAACGAUAAAAAACGUUAUGACACCGAAAUGCAAAGCUACACUCCUCCUAAGGGCGAGAAGCAAAGAGGCAAAAAAAGGAAGCAAGUCAAAGACCCCAAUGCUCCCAAGCGUUCGCUAUCUGCUUUCUUCUGGUUCAGCAACGAUGAGCGUGGCAAAGUUAAAGCCCACAAUCCCGAAUAUGGAGUAGGUGAUAUUGCCAAAGAAUUAGGUAGAAGGUGGGCCGAUGCCGACCAAGAAACUAAAGGCAAAUACGAAGUUUUGGCCGACAAAGACAAGGCCAGAUACGAGAAGGAAAUGACUGCAUACAAGAAGAGGAAUAAUCCCGCCAUGCAGCAGUUGGGGCACCCGGUAGUACCUGAGCCAGAAGCGGAAGUGGAGGAGGAAGAUGAAGAGGGCGACGACGAUGAUGACGAGUAAACGUGGCGUUUUUAUUUUGUAAGAUAAAUUCUUCUGUCUCUCUUGUUUUUUAAGUCGCCUUCUCAUUCCUCUAUUGUAAAUAUACAUGUUAGCAAGUGUAUUUAACCCAAUUUUCUCAUUCUUAUUUUUUACCCAAACAACAGAAAAAUGAAAUACAAAGUGUGUACUUACAAAAAAAAAAACUGACAGUGUGUGAGCGACCGCCGUUUUUUCAAUCUACAGAGUGAUUUUUUCCAAUCACAUUUAACAAUUUUAAAUUUGACAGUUUGACUUGUGACUACAAUUUAACAAAAAAAAAAAAAAAAAAAAUUCGCUCUGUAUGUUUUUUAAGACGUUCCGAUUGAUUCGUUUUAUUUUAUUGAGAAAUACUGGAGGUAUGUGUGUAGUGUAUUUUUUUACGAUUUAAUUAAUUCUUCCUCAUCGCUGUCAUUCUGGAUAGUGCAAAAACGGGUUUAAAAUAAAGCGACGCAACAUUGGAUUUUUUUUUUUUUUUAAAUAAUUUGAUGUUAGCUCGUUUCGAAGCCCUGUAGUUGUAAAAUUUGAAUUUUUUAAUUUGGAUUGUAAAUGAAUUCGUUUUUUAUGUGUAAUGUUUUAUCUUGGAUUUUUUGAGUGUAAAAACUAACAUUUCUGCUGACGAACAUAAUUUUGAAAACCCUCCAUUGACGUUGAAAUUUUAUUUAUUUUUUCAAAAAUCCAUUUAAAAUGUGCCAUAAUCAUUUAAAGAUGAUAUACCAAAUUGUAACAAUUUUCGAUUGGAAAUUAUUCAUUUACAAUUCAUUUUUUAAUCAUUUGUAGUCCUCUAUAUCUGCCAGUUAUUUAUUUAUAAAAAAACUGAUCUUUUAUAAGUUGUAUUACUUUUAGUAUAAUGUACUCUCCAUUUAAAGAUGAAAAAAAGAAAAAAGUCCCCCUAUUGCAUAAACAGAGCAGAUCUGUGUCUUUGUGUUUGUUUGUCAUAGCCAAAAGGUUUGAGGGUGGUACGAUACGAAAAUUAAUAGGCGGUUUUUAUAGUUUCUGAUUUAAUUGUUUUACUGAAAAUCACUUCAGUGGCGUAGCAGAUUGAGUUUAGAAGUAUAUUAUUUCUUUUCACACUGUUUUAUUUAGCAUAAUCAUCUCUGGUUGGCGAAAUUUAAAAAAAAAAUCGAUAGUAAUUACUAAUUAUUUAUUAUUUCUUCUUACUAUAAGAAGAGUUUUUAUUUUUUCAGUUUUAAUUCUUCAAAUUACAAAUUGAUUCAUUCAAUAGAAAAACUAUAAAUUUUAUAUGAUAUAACAACAAAAUUAUAUUAAUUUAAAUUUUUGUUUAAAAUUUUACAACUACUUUCCGAAUAGGUUUUUUUUUUUUUGAUUCUGAAAAUCUAAGAACGAUUUUUGAUCCAAAUUUCGCCAACUAAGUGUAACCGUUUCUAUAUAAUUUUAACCAUAUAAUUUAAAAACUUGAAUCGUUUGUCAACCAAUCCAUCAAUUAUUAUUAAUUACUCUUAAUUUGUAAUAAUUAUCCAUUAAUGUAAUUUUUAAUAUUGUUAAAUGUUUAUAAACAGUUGUGUCCAUUAAAUGGAACAUUCAUUUUUCACCCAAAAUCAAUAAAUUGCUCUGUGUUAUGUUAGGGAGAAAGAAAUAGAAAGCAAUGUUUGUUUUUUAUAUCGAUAGGAAUAACAAAAAAAAAUAAUAAAAUUUUCAAUAAAAAUUGCUGUUUUAUUUUA